AGAACGUGGAGGUGCGAUACUUGUGUGGGAGGCACUAAUUCAGCUACUGAUAUCGCUCCAGUUCCGCGCUCGCUGCGCUCGAGUUCAGUCAGCAGUCUUUCAACUCCAACUUUCAGCGCGAUCCAGACGCACUUGACUGACCGCGACGCCACGGACUGGACAGCUGGGCUCAGAUGACACGUUAAGAACUGAAAAAAAGAAUGGACCGAUCUGUUAAAGCGAAAUAAAAGAUGCAUCCUAGCGUGUCAGUGCCAGCGUAUAGCGCGGGGAUGCGCAGCGGCAGGUGAUGUGGAUGCUGACGAGCCGGGGCUCAACUGGUCUCCAAGUGGCUCUUAGAACCUGUGGAAGAACUUUUGCACGGCUGGCUUUCAGUAGGAGUCGAAAUCAUGGAGUUGAGGGACCGUCCAAGAAGUCUUUAUGACAAUUUCGGUAUUAGUUUCCAUUUAGGCAUUUAUUGUUUAUUAAACACUGCUGCGCGAAUCAACAAAUGGCUCGCUUUAACGCGCUAAUCUAGUAUUGCUUAUUGCGGCACGUUUUAAAACUUUUCCGGCACGUUUAGUGACAGCACUUGUUCUUAUCGAGUUAAUCCGGAUCCCGUUGGCUCGUAUGGGACUGAGGCACUCAUCGCGGUGCCUGCUCCUGCGGAGAAAGAUGGCGGAGGCGGAGAGCUCGGAGCAGCGCCAGCAGCAGCGUAUUUCCAAUGCGCCCUCGUCCCAGUCCUUGCAACCAUCUCCGCUACCGAAGCCAGUGACAUCUGUUCAUCAUGUUCCUCACCCCCCACACACGCCACACGUCUCCUCGCUUUCUGCCUGUCCCGGCCGAGGCAAGAUGGCCAAGCUACUAAACCCGGAGGAGAUGACAUCACGAGACUACUACUUUGACUCCUACGCCCACUUUGGGAUCCACGAGGAGAUGCUGAAGGAUGAGGUGAGGACGCUGACGUAUAGGAACUCCAUGUACCACAAUAAACACAUCUUUAAAGAUAAGAUAGUUCUAGACGUGGGCAGCGGAACCGGAAUCCUCUCCAUGUUUGCUGCCAAAGCAGGAGCCAAGCAUGUAUACGGGAUCGAAUGCUCAAGCAUAUCAGAAUACUCUGAGAAAAUCAUCAAGGCCAAUCACCUGGACAGUGUUAUAACCAUCUUUAAAGGGAAAGUGGAAGAGACAGAGCUGCCGGUAGAUCAGGUGGACAUUAUCAUCUCAGAGUGGAUGGGUUAUUGCCUUUUUUAUGAGUCCAUGCUCAACACGGUCAUCUACGCCAGAGAUAAAUGGCUGAAACCCGGAGGUCUGAUGUUCCCAGACAGGGCUGCUCUGUACGUGGUGGCCAUUGAAGACAGGCAGUACAAGGACUUCAAGAUUCACUGGUGGGAGAACGUUUAUGGUUUUGACAUGACCUGCAUCAGAAACGUAGCUAUGAAAGAACCACUGGUGGACAUCGUGGACUCAAAGCAAGUGGUAUCCAACGCAUGCCUGAUCAAGGAAGUGGACAUCUACACGGUGAAGCCAGAGGAGCUGUCCUUCACCUCCUCCUUCUGUCUGCAGGUCCAGAGGAACGAUUACGUCCACGCUCUGGUCACCUACUUCAAUAUUGAAUUCACCAAGUGUCAUAAAAAGACUGGCUUCUCCACAGCACCAGACGCCCCGUACACACACUGGAAGCAGACAGUGUUUUAUCUGGAGGAAUAUCUGACUGUGAAAAGAGGAGAGGAGAUAGUCGGCACCGUCAGCAUGAAGCCAAACGAGAAGAACGCACGUGAUCUGGAUUUUACCUUCGAGCUGGAUUUUAAAGGUCAGCUAUGCGAGGCCGCUAUCGCUCACGACUACAAGAUGCGCUAAGUGUCCAGCAGCGGCGAGAGACGGUUCGUGACGGCACUCAGAGAAGCAGAGGCAGGGGCCGCCCCGGAUCACGGCUACAGCCCUGCUGCUGGAAAAAGACGGAAACGGAGAGAAAGACCAGCACACAAGUUGUUAUCUCUGGGAGUCUUGCCAACGUUUUUGGAGCGGGGUGGCACUUCUAGCAAUAGCGGCCUUGCCUUCGCCGACUCUAGCCUGCACUAGUACGCCAUCUCUCCGACCCGACUGUUCUGGGGCCAGCUGACUACACCCCGCUGCAAACAAAAGAAUGUCAUGCUCUUAUGAAUGUUAAGUGUUAGUGUACGGUUACUUUGCUUUUGCAUUAGGAGCGUGGGAUGAGAUAAUUACUAUUGAAGGUUGUGCUUCCACGUCCCAGGCAUUAAAAUAUCUCAGUUUAAUAUUAGAUUGUGAUAAUUCAUUUGCUGGACUUUUCAAACUAUUUCUCAAUGCAGUAAAGUAAGAGAUAUCAUAGAUUUAAAUCAGGUUUUAACGAAACCCAGGUCAUUUUCAGAAAAUAGUACUUUUUAUUUUGCGCUAAAAAUAAUUCACUGCUUACUUAAAUAUCAUCGGCCAACGCUAAGAACAAUAGGUUAUUUUUUCUGUAAAGCAUUAAUAAUGUUUUUUUGUGUGUGGUUUUUUUGUUGGCAAAUACAACUGAUGC